CCGCCAUUGGCUGGACUCCAGACAGCUGAUCCUGGCGGCGGGGCCAGGGAGCUUCGAGGAUGGCGGCGUCCGCGGCGCUGAUUCUGCGGGAGAGCCCCAGCAUGAAAAAAGCAGUGUCGCUGAUAAAUGAAAUAGAUAUAGGAAGAUUUCCACGAUUGCUCACCCGAAUUCUUCAAAAACUUCACCUGAAGGCUGAGAAUAGUUUCAGUGAAGAAGAGGAAGAAAAACUUCAAGCUGCAUUUUCUCUGGAGAGACAAGAUCUUCACCUAGUUCUUGAAACAAUAUCUUUUAUUUUAGAACAGGCAGUAUAUUACAACGUGAAGCCAGCAGCUUUGCAGCAGCAGUUAGAGAACAUUCAUCUUAGACAAGACAAAGCAGAAGCAUUUGUCAAUGCUUGGUCUUCUAUGGGUCAAGAAACAAUUGAAAAAUUCAGGCAGAGAAUUCUUGCACCCCACAAGCUGGAGACGGUUGGAUGGCAGCUUAACCUUCAGAUGGCUCACUCUGCCCAAGCAAAACUAAAAUCUCCUCAAGCUGUGUUACAGCUAGGAGUGAGCAAUGAGGAUUCGAAGAGCCUGAAGAAAGUUCUUGUGGAAUUCAGUCACAAGGAAUUGUUUGAUUUCUAUAACAAGCUAGAGACCAUACAAGCACAGCUGGAUUCCCUUACAUGAUGUUCUCAAAGACUGGUUUCUCUAUCACACUCCUGCCACCUCAUUGUUUUGCAUUGAAGAUAAACUGCCAGGUUGUGUUUUCUGAAGGAUUCAUUAGCUUUCUUCUUACAAAUUACACGGUUUAUUGCUUCUUAUACAAAUAACAGCCAAGGAAGAUCAUUGUUUUGAGUACUGAAGUUCUAAUAUACAUUCUCCAGUUCUGUGAGCCAACAGCAAGCAAUUGUUAAGAACAUUUUUGUUUUAAGGGGAACAAAAGUGAAUAUCAUAUUGUUUUUACUGUCCUAUUUUUGCUUUAUUGCCUGACCUAUUUAUUUUUUACAUACUUGAUGAUACUUUUAUGUAUCAAGAAGGGUCCAUGGAUACAAAGUGUAAUAUGUACCUUAGAACACAGAACUUCUUUAAUUACAUUAAUAAAAAUAAGAAAGUAGCCACAUUCAAUUAAAUACAUUAUGGCAUUUGUUUCCUUUAAUAUAAUGAGUGUAUUUUGCUUGGGAAAUAAUAUAGGAAAGAAAUUUUAAAUAGAGCUAGUACUAGUACAUCAGCCAACUCCAGUAUGAGCAUCUCUGUGCACUUUAAUUUUUUCUCUGAGUUUAAUGAUUUAAUAACAGUUCAGGUUUUUGUGUGCUUUUUUUUGUACUGAAAAUUAAUAAUGAUUCAUUUCAAGGUGUGGGAGACAGAUUCAGAUCAUGAAUAAAAAUAAUUGUAAUGAGUGCUAAAUGAUUAUCCUUAAAAUUUUAAAAUGGAAUGUAAAACAAAUUUUAUGUUCUCUUUUUGUAAAUAUGUUAAUUUCAGUCAAGAAGAUUUUUAUGUCUUAGAAUUAGUUGAACUGAAGUGCACAGUAUUUUAUGCUAUGGAUCUAUAUAAAUGUGAGUAUGGUUGCCUGCAAAAAAUAAUACCAGUUGAAUUUUUUAUGAAUGAAAUGUCUACACUAUAUUAUUUCCAGCGAGAAAGACAGAGUGAGGGAGGAAAGAAGAGAAAGGGAGAGGGGAGGGGGGGAGAAAAUGAGAGAGAGAGAACAGAGAGACAGAGAGAGAGAGAUUCAAAUAUGACUUCACAUGAAAUAAUUUGAUUUCAGAAAUAUCCUAUAGUUAAACAGAACCAUUGGAUUUAAAUCACAUUCUUUAUAUGAGGUAUCUGAGUAAUAUGAAUGUUAAAUGUCUCCCAAAUAAAUGUUCAGUAUAUGGAAUUUAUGCCCUUACUUAUUUAUACAUGUGCUUGUAUGUUGUUGCUUAGAAGGAUUAGGUGUUUGGAUUAUUUCAGAAUGUAAAUAUUAUAGUGGCUGUCCAUACUUGGUUGAUUUGAAAAGUUUUUAAACUCAAACUUCCAUUGAUAGGAUAUCUAGAAGACGUGUUUAUAAUAUAAUGGGAUUUGUUUCCAUAUGUAGCUUGUGGGAUCUGUCUUAUAUUUUUACGCUCUGUUCUGCUGGUCCCCAGAGGAAAGUACCUGACUACUGUAAACAUUUUGGUAAAUAUUCUUUCAGACUUCUUCUUAUGUACAAAUAAACAUACAUCAUUUCAAGUUGAAUUUGUUGGGCCUUCCCAACAGUGACCAUAUGAAUAGGUAGAAGUUUUCAUUGGUAUGAUGCCAACUUAACUCCCAGUGUAGGUAUCUAAGUUAAAUGUGACACUUCAUAAUGAAAUUUCCUAUUUGUAGCUUAAAAUAGUGGUAAAUAGUUUUCUCUCCAUCAGUCUAGUUCAGGAAAGUCUGACCAAAGGCAUUGAAGGAAGGACAAGUAAGUAGUAGGUCUAAUUCUAACUAAGAACAUAAUUAUCCCUGAAAUAUAUUUAAUUCCAGAUAAUUUUAUUUCUUAAGCUACCACCAUUGUUACGAUACACAAGUAAAAGAAGAUAUCAUUCCCAAAGAUUAUUAAGGUGUGUGUUACAUUUUCAUAGAAAUAAGGUGGGUGGAGCCAUAAGUGGGAACUGAAACCUACUGUCUUAGCAAAUAAACAUGUUUUGUAUGAGUGCUUGUCAUGAGGAUUGAAUAAAAAUAUAAAUUACUUGUUAGAAAGGAGUACUACAAAUAAUAUUUGCAAUUCUCCAAUUAUAAAAUGUGAUUAUUUUUAAGUAGGAAACACCAAAAAAGUCAUAAAGGAGUAACCUAAAAUCAUAGAUUCUCAACAUCCAGAAACAGCCAUUAAUGACAUUUUGGUAGAUUUUAUUGAAGGUUUUUUUUUUUUUUCCUAUUCAUAUAUCUUUCUCUACUAUCUUUAAGUAGUCCUUCAUUUGAAUGAGUUGCACUUUAUUGAUUCAAUCUAUUGUUGGACAUUUAGAUUAUUUCCAGUUUUUUAAAAUACUAAAGAACUCAACUGGUAAAGAUCAUUAUAAAUAAACCCUAAACCACAUUUCUCAUUACUUUAUUAAUACGGGUUCCUAGAAGUGGGAUUAUUAUGCCAAAAGUAUGAAGAUUUAUUUUCUGUUUUUACUUUUAAUGGGAUUUUAUUAUAAAUAUAAAAUUGCCUAUAUUUUUUAAAAAGUGUUUUUUAAAAAGUCUAUUUUGCUCUCUUACUCCCUAGAAAUACCUACCUAACUAGUUAGAGACAUUUGGUUUAUAUCUUUUCAGAUAUCUCAUGUAAAUUCAAACACACACACACCCCUCUUUGUGUAUGUUUUUAUUUAUUUACAUUUAUUUAUUUUUUUUAUUUUGGUUGCGCUGGGUCUUAGUUGGGGCAGGCAGGCUCCUUAGUUGCAGCACAUGGCCUCCUUAGUUGUGGCAUGUGAACUCUUAGUUGCAGCAUGCACGUGGGAUCUAGAUCCCUGACCAGGGAUUGAACCCGGGCCCCCUGCAUUGGGAGUGCAGAGUCUUAACCACUGUGCCACCAAGGCAGUCCCUAUUUACAUUUAUUUUAAGGCCAUUUUUGCAUAUUGAUAAAUUGUUUUCUCAAAGGUUCAUAACAGUUUAUACUCUUACCAACAAUAAAUGAGAACUCACCUGCCUCAAGCCAACUUCAUCACCCUCUUCCUCCUACUGUACAUUUUAUUCUCAACAUUUUUUAAAAUCUAGGAAUGGGUUUGGGAAGAGUGUGGAGUGAGAGUGGGUUGGAGAUUGAAGCAUCACUAAUUACUUGGGAUAUGUUAUGUUGAUAAUUCCAGAGGGAUAGAAGAGAAAAAUUUCUUCUAAAAUCAGCGAAUGUGAAAAACAGUUGCACAGUGUUUAAGCGUAAAAGCACUGAAGUCAGACAUUUACUUCCUCAACAAAUAUUCAGUGACUGCCUAUGGUGCCAGGAACUGUGUGUAUGCUAGACAUUAUGUUGACAGUGAUGAGCAAAAUUAAUAUAGUUCCUGGCGUCUUGAAGUGUAAUGUGUUAGACAGUCAGUUAAAAAACAAGCAAAAUGUAGCAACCUAAUUGGGAAAAGAAUUUGAAAAAGUAUAGAUACAUGUAUAUGUAUAACUGAAUCACUUUGUUGUACACCCGAAACUAAUACAACAUUGUUAAUCAACUAUACUCCAAUAUAAAAUGAAAAGUUAGGGGCUUCCCUGGUGGCGGAGUGGUUAAGAAUCCGCCUGCCAAUGCAGGGGACACGGGUUCAAGCCCUGGUCCAGGAAGAUCCCACAUGCCACAGAGCAGCUAAGCCCGUGCGCCACAACUACUGAGCCUGCGCUCUAGGGCCCGCGAGCCACAAGUGCUGAGCCUGCAUGCCACAACUACUGAAGCCCGCGUGCCUAGAGCCCGUGCUCUGCAACAAGAGAAGCCACCGCAAUGAGAGGCCCGCGCACCACAACGAAGAGUAGCCCCCGCUCGCCACAACUAGAGAGAGCCCGUGCGCAGCAACGAAGACCCGAUGCAGCCAAAAGUAAAUAAAAUAAAAUAUUUAAAAAAUGAAAAGCUAAAAAAAAAAAACCAAGCAAAAUAUAAUAAAUUGUGAAUAAGUAUGGGAUGAAAAAUAAUUGGAUUCUCUUAAGAGAAAAUAAAAGAUAGGACGAAACUUAGAUGGUGCAUCAAGGAAAGACUCUCUGAGGAAGUGAGAUUUGGGCUGAGUCCUGUAAGAUGAGUUAGAAUGAGGCAAUAGCAGAAUACAGUGAAAAGCAUUCUAGAUAGAGAGAAUGGCCAAUGCAGAAUCUCAGAGAUUGGAAAAGGCUUAGCGCGUUUCAGGAACCAAAGAUCAGUGUGGCUAGAGUGUCGUGAACAAGGGAAUAGUGGAGUGCUUUUCAAUUAGAGAGGUAGCCUGCCACUUCUACCACCUAAAUAGCUUGCAAAUAUAUCUCUAGGAUACUACCUUUUCCAAGCUACCAUCAUCUUUGCCCUGGACUACCUUGCUUCCUCUAGCCCCCCUUCAGUCCAGUCUCCACACAGAGCUAAUACUUUUAAAACUUUAAUCAUAUUAAUUACACUACCUCCCUGCUUUAAACCCUUCAAAGACUUCCCAUUACACUUCAAAUAAAAUUUAAAAGUGUCUGGACCCUCAGGACAGACUAAGAGUCAUAUACUAGUUCUGCUGCUUUUUGUGUUGCUUAAUUCGCUAAAGCUCAGUUUCCUCAUCUUUGUGGUGGGAAUAAUAAUAAUCUAAAUUACAUGGGAGUGUUAUGAAGAUUAAAUGAGGUCAUUCAUGUUAAACAUUUAGCAUAAUUCCUGAUUUGCAAUAAUCACGUAAGUGUUAGCUGUCAUUUUCAUAAUCACUAAGAAAAUGACCAGGUUUUCUGUUGAAAUUAUUCGAGGUAAGGUUUGAAUUGAACUAAAAUUGGAGAAAGCUUGCUAUGAAGCCCCUUCACUUUGAAUUUAGUUAGAGUUCCAAUAACAACUCUAUUUUAUGAUAAAUAAAUCUGAGCAUAAUGCUCAUCUAUCCCAUUCUUAAUUUUUCUAUAACAAGGUAAUAGGUGUAUUAUGGGAUAGGACCAGAAUCAGAAAUGCAUUUUUUCUAUGACUGUGUUUCUACAAAGCUCCUCUGGCUCUGAGGAUUCUUUUUCUCUGACUCUAUUCAAUUAAUUUUUAUCUUUUCUUACCUUAAACAAUGGCUUCUACACCUUAUUUAUUAUGCCAGGAGUCUGUAAACUAUGGCCUGUGGGCCUAAUCCAGCCCACCAGUUGUUUUCAUAAAGUUUUAUUGGAACACAGCUCUGAUGGACAGACUCCCGAUCAUCUGUCAAAGGUAAUGGAAUGUCACUGCCGUGACUUACAUUAUGUGAAAUUCUGUCAUGCUACCAAACUCACUCUAGAGACUUUCUCCCCUCUUGGCUUUGAAGAAGCAAGCUGCCAUGUUGUAGGAGGGCCUGGACAGAACCACAAGACAAGGAACUACGGGUGGCCUGUAGGUGCUGAGUGCAACCAGUAGCCACCAGAAAGCUGAGGCCCUAAGCACUCUGCCCUACAGCCACAAGGAAAUAGAUCUGCAAACAACUUGUGUGAGUUUGGAAGUGGAUUCUUUCCCAGUCAAGCCUCCAGAAGAGAACACACUCCAACUGACUGUGACUGCAGGCUUGUGAGAUCCUACGUGAAGACCCAGACUCCUGACCCAUGGUAAUUGUGAGAUAAUAAAUGUGUGUUGAUUUGAA